GGACUCUGGUUCGGCUUCAUCCGUGAAGUACUUUUGCCGUCGACCAAGUGCUUCAUAUCUAUAGGGAACUCUCCGGAGCUACAACAUGAGGAUACUUCUGCUGGUCGCAGCUCUCGUAGCUGUGGCUGCGAGCACCACGAUCUCAAAUCGACGCGUCCGUCGUCAAAGCAAAUCCGAUGACAGCCAGAACGACGAGGAGCUCUGCAAGGGGAGACCACCGUCGGAAUAUUUCCGGCUCACGGCCGAUGAGGAUUGCAGAGACGUGGUGCGGUGCUCAGUGCAGGGCCUGCUCGCUCUCCGGUGUCCCUCUGGUCUCGCUUUCGAUAUCGAGAAGCAGACCUGCGACUGGAAAGCGAAUGUCAAGAAUUGCGAGCAGCUAGAGAAACCUCGUUUGGCUCUCCCGUUGUUGGCGACAGAUGAGCCGAUCUGCGAGAGCGGGAAACUGGCUUGCGGAGAUUCCACUUGUAUCGAAAAAGAAAAAUUCUGCAACGGGGUACCAGAUUGUAAUGAUGGCUCUGACGAGAACGUAUGCACCCCUGAUAAGGAUCCCAACCGCGCCGAACAUUGCGAUACAGCUCAGUGUCAGCUCCCCGAUUGUUUCUGUUCGAGCGACGGCACGCAGAUCCCAAACAAAUUGGAACCGUCUACCGUCCCGCAAAUGAUCACUAUAACUUUCGACGACGCUAUCAACAACAACAACAUCGAUACCUACGACCGAAUCUUCAAGGAAGGCAGGAAUAACCCCAAUGGAUGCUCAAUCAAAGCGACUUUCUUCAUCUCGCACAAAUAUUCAAACUACUCGGCCAUCCAGGAAAUGCACCGAAAAGGACACGAGAUGGCGGCUCACUCGAUCACUCAUAAGAACGACGAGAAAUACUGGUCCGACGCUUCUGCCGAGACCUGGGCCAAAGAAAUGGCGGGAGCUAGACUCAUCAUGGAGCGAUUUGCGAACAUUUCCGACAAUUCUAUAGUGGGUGUCCGCUCGCCCUAUCUCAGGGUGGGAGGGAACAACCAGUUCUUCAUGAUGGAGGAACAAGCCUUCCUCUACGAUUCGACGAUCGCUGCGCCUCUUUCCAACCCACCGCUCUGGCCAUACACUCUGUACUUCCGCAUGCCCCACAGAUGCCACGGUAACGGUCAGAAUUGUCCGUCGCGUUCGCACGCUGUCUGGGAGAUGGUCAUGAACGAGUUGGAUAGAAGAGAUGAUCCUACCUUCGACGAGGAGCUCGCAGGUUGUUCGAUGGUUGACGCGUGCUCGAAUAUCAUCUCUGGCGAGCAAUUUUACAAUUUCCUAAAUCACAACUUCGAGCGUCAUUACAAAACGAACCGCGCGCCUCUCGGACUCUACUUCCAUGCGUCCUGGCUGAAGCUCAACCCGGAGUACCAGGACGCCUUCGUUCAGUGGAUCGACGAGAUGCUCGAGAAAAAUGACGUCUAUUUCGUCACCAUGACCCAGGUCCUCCAGUGGAUUCAGAAGCCAACUGAAAUCAGUUCGAUCAAUCAGUUCGCCCCCUGGAAAGAGAAGUGCGAGGUCAAGGGUCAACCGAUCUGUUCUCUGCCAAAUGCCUGCCCAUUGACCACCAGAGAGCUCCCGGGAGAAACGAUUCGUCUCCACACUUGCGUAGAAUGCCCCAAUAACUACCCAUGGGUUGAGGACCCCACCGGUGACUACUUUGCUUUCAGGAAAUAGAAGAAAGUUCGUGGCGUCGAUUAUUAUUAUUCAUACGACCUCCAAGCCUCUCAAGGAUUAGUCUUGGCGAAGCGUAAGAUGCUCGCGAAAUAGUGUCUGGCAACUACUGUAUAUAAUUUCAACACAAAGAGAAUGUCGCCGGGAAUACCAAAUCAGCCAUAUAUCUGGAGGAUGUAUGCUGAGCGAAACGAGAAGCUUCAGCCUUCAGACUCCGAACGCCUAUGCGAACUUGAGAGGAAUAAACUAGAAGAGGAUCACAGUCUCG